GACAAUGACCUAAUAAGAUAGUUAAUCAUCAUUGGACUGAAAAAAGAAAUAACCCAGCUAACUAUUUAGCAAGAGACUCUGACAACAGAUAAAGGGAUAGACCUGUGGUUUUUGCUGUGGGAUCCUAAGUCCAGGUGAUCACUUUGAACUAAACAUCAACAACAACUGGAAACAUUCACAUGAUAUAUGCAGUUCAAUGAUGGACCAAAAUCAUCAUUCAGAUAAGACAGCAGAGGCACAACCUUCUGAGAAAAAGAAAACUAGAAACUGCUGCAAUGGAUUCAAGAUGUUUUUGGCAGCCCUGUCACUCAGCUUUAUUUCUAAGGCACUGGGUGCAGUCAUUAUGAAAAGUUCCAUCACUCAAAUAGAAAGGAGAUUUGACAUAUCAUCUUCUACUGUUGGCUUAAUUGAUGGAAGCUUUGAAAUUGGAAAUUUGCUUGUGAUUGUAUUUGUGAGUUACUUUGGAGCCAAAUUACACAGACCGAAGCUAAUUGGAAUUGGUUGCAUUAUUAUGGGAACUGGAAGUAUUUUGACUGCUUUACCACAUUUCUUCAUGGGAUAUUACAGGUAUUCUAAAGACACCACUUUUAAUCCAUCAGAGAAUUCAACAUCAAAUUUACCAACUUGUUCGAUUAACCAAAAUUUGUUAUCCAAUAGAACGUCAUUGGAGGUAGUGGGAAAAGGUUUGGAAAAGGAUUUUGGGUCAUAUAUGUGGAUAUAUGUUCUCAUGGGUAAUAUGCUUCGUGGAAUUGGGGAAACCCCUAUUGGACCCUUGGGGAUUUCUUACAUCGAUGAUUUUUCUGAAGAAGGACAUUCUUCUUUGUAUUUAGGUAAUUUGCUUGCAGUAACAAUGAUUGGUCCAAUCAUUGGCUUUAUACUGGUAUCUCAGUUUUCUAAAAUGUAUGUGGAUAUUGGAUACGUGGAUCUGAGCACUAUCAGAAUAACUCCUAAGGACUCUCGUUGGGUUGGUGCUUGGUGGCUUGGUUUCCUUGUGGCUGGACUAAUAGCCAUUAUUUCUUCUAUACCAUUCUUUUUCUUGCCCAAAACUUUGGAUAAACCAAAUAAAGAAAAAAAAGCUUCAGCAUCCUCAGUAUCUUUGCCUAUGAAAAAUGAAGAAAAGAGUCAAAUGGCUAGUUUGAUGAAGACUGGGCAAAAUGUUACUGACACUGUAACUGGUUUCCUCCAGUCCUUGAAAAGCAUCCUUACCAAUCCCUUGUAUGUUUUAACAUUAUUUUUGACACUGCUACAAGCCAGCAGCCAUAUUGGUUCUAUUACUUAUGUGUUCAAAUACGUAGAGCAGCAGUAUGGCAAUUCAGCAUCUGAGACGAGCAUUUUGCUUGGAUCCAUAAGCAUACCAUCUUUGGCAGCUGGAAUGUUUACAGGAGGAUUUAUUGUUAAAAAGUUCAAGUUUACCUUGGUUGGAAUUGCCAAAUUUGCACUUUGUGCCCAUUUGAUGUCCUUCCUAUUUCAUCUAAUAAAUUUUGCACUAAUCUGUGAAAACAAAUCAGUCGCCGGACUAACCCUGACCUAUGAUGGAAAUACUCCAGUGGCAUCGCAUGUAAAUGUACCACUUUCUUAUUGCAACUCAGACUGCAAUUGUGACCCAACUCAAUGGGAACCACUCUGUGGGAGCAAUGGAAUAACUUACAUGUCACCUUGUUUAGCAGGAUGUACAUCUUCAAGUGGCAGCAAAAAGUCUAUUGUGUUUCAUAACUGUAGUUGUGUGGAAGAAAAUGGUUUCCAGAGCAAAAAUAACUCAAUGAAGUUGGGUGAAUGCCCGAAAAGUGAUGACUGUAAAAGAAAAUUUUAUAUUUACAUAGUAGUGCAAAUACUUACCCUUUUUUCUGCUGCAUUAGGAAGCACCUCAAAUAUCAUGCUGAUUUUUAAAAAUGUUGAACCUGAACUGAAAUCACUUGCCAUGGGUUUCCAUUCACUAACUAUUCGAACACUAGGAGGAAUUCCAGCUCCUAUAUAUUUUGGAGCUCUGAUUGAUAGAGCUUGUAUGAAGUGGUCCAUCAAUAACUAUGGGAAGCAAGGGUCUUGCAGGAUAUAUAAUUCCUUGUUAUAUGGACAUACUUUCUUUGGCUUGACUACAGGCUUAAAAUUUCCAGCCCUUGUUUUAUUCAUUGUAUUGAUUUUUGCUAUGAAGAAAAAAUACCAAGGGAAAGAUAUUAAGGCAUCAGAAAAUGAAACAAAAGCCGUGAAUGAAGCAAAUUCAGGACCAUUAAUUAAUGAUGCCAAAGUGGACCAUGAAACACAUAUUUAGGGGAGAAAAAAUUCUUUUUCUGCUGCUGUGUUUUCAACUAACAUUGUAUUAAUUGAGUAGGAUGUUAUUUUUGAGUAGUUCCUGGUCUUUUCACUGACAAUUUCCACAUUCUAUACUAAUGAUGGAGCCAAAACCAAAGGGAAAAAAAAUGGGAGUACUCAUUGUUAACAUAUGACCAUGCAUUUGUGGUUAAGAUUAGAAUGCAUGAUCCAUACAAAUUUAAGGUGAAAGUUAUAAGUAAUAUGUAACAGAAAAAAAAAUUUGUUCAGAUGAUUGUAGUACAGUAAAACCAGUGACUAGAAAAUAAGUAUAGGUGAAAAAGGAAGAGAGAAAUUAAUAGUCUAAAUAUGGAGAAAAGCCCGAUACCUUACAAAUAAACCAGUUUGGACCAUGUUA